AUGUUGUCUAGAGUUGGUGUCAAUGCAGUCCGUUGUGGUGCUAUGGUGCCUCGUGUACCACAAGCAAGGAACUAUGCUACUUUAAAGGAAGUGGAAACCCGUUUGAAGUCCAUUAAAAAUAUUGAAAAGAUUACCAAAACUAUGAAGAUUGUGGCUUCCACUAGAUUGAGUAGAGCUGAAAAGGCUAAGGUCACUGCUAAGAAAUUUGAUGAGGCAGAUUCCGCCUUCUACAACAACGCCGAGACAAAACCAAUAGAAGAUGCUGAAACUGCUGCUAAGGAUAAAGAAUUAGUCGUUGCAGUCUCUUCCGAUAAAGGUUUGUGUGGUUCAAUUCACUCUGCAUUGGCCAAGAGAGUCAGACAGCAUCUAGCAGACUCACCAAACGCUGCUGUUGCAGCUGUUGGUGAUAAAAUGAGAACUCAACUAAUGAGAACUCAUCCAGAUAACGUUAAAAUUGGUAUCAAUGGUAUUGGUAAGGAAGCUCCAACUUUCCAACUAUCGUCAGCUAUUGCUGAUACUCUAUUGGGAUUAGGUGCUCAAAACUAUCCAAAGAUUACCAUUUUCUUCAACAACCCAGUUUCUUCAUUGUCUUUUGAACCUUCUACAAAGGACGUUUUCAACCCUGAAACCAUCGAAAGUUCUCCAUCUUUCAGUAAAUUUGAAAUUGACAAUGAUGGCCAAGUUUCUCAAGAUCUUUUCGAAUACACUUUGUCCAACAAAAUUUUGGCAGCCUUGGCUGAAGGUUACGCUGCUGAAAUUUCAGCAAGAAGAAAUGCUAUGGACAACGCCUCAAAGAAUGCAGGUGACAUGAUUAACAGAUACUCCAUCUUGUACAACAGAACCAGACAAGCAGUUAUCACCAACGAAUUGGUUGAUAUCAUUACUGGUGCUUCUUCUUUGGACUGA